AUGGAACCGCAUACGAAGGCGCUCCACGAGGCAGAAAUUCAAGAUCGUCUGCAGGCACUAGAUAGACCUUCAGCUCGCAAGUUUGGCUUAACUGAAAACCCUAUAUUUGAUGCGAACUCUUUCUCAUCAGUGUCGGAAUCGCUAGAGGAGGGGGAAGUUCUCGAGUUUCCUCAUAUCGAGUAUUGGCCUUCGGCCCGCAAACAAGCCGAAAUACAACGACGAAUGAAAGCUUUGGAGAAUGGCAUUCAUACGAUGUCCAACCCAGUUCCUUCAGUAUUGGUCGACGCAGUUGAGCGCUAUGUCUCGAAGGAUUGCCUGGCCCCUGAGUUUGAGGCAUUGCUAGAUGACCUUCAAAACUCUGGGAUAAUCGAAAAUAAUAAGAUGUUUUGUUAUAUCAGCAUGGCUGCACACCCGAAGCAGCAAAGGGACAACGAAAUAAUGAUGGCUCAUCAUUUCCGACGGCACGAGAAUCCCGAUAUAGCUGGCGCUAUCCUAGAACUCGACCCCAAGUUGAACAACGUCGAAAGUCUCUUUCUCCGCCAUGAAUGCAAGCCACGAUACAGAUACAACUUCAACGAGCUCGAAGCUGACAUAUUCUACGACUGGGAAUGGCUACGUUUCCUCCAGUGGGAAGACAAUUUGGCUGGCGACAUCGAAUUUCUUUGUAUACGUAACCAGAAGGAUCGCGCUGCUCUAUGGCCCUCUAUUGUCUUCGAGCAUCUGAAUACUGACUUCGCGAGUUUGAUAGAGCUGGUUUCCGCGUCUUGGCAUGGCGAUUAUGCAAUGCGGAUUGGGUUGUGCCCUUGUGGUUUGAUCGACAUGGCUUCUGGAUUUCUGGCGUGCCAGUCGGUAAAUAACGCUAGAAAUGGCUUCUUUCCUUGGAUAUUUAACCUUUAA